AUGAAGACACACCGCCUGCUCCAAUAUGUUGCGGUUUUGUAUUUCGUAGUGACGUGUCUCAACCCAACCAACGUGCGGGGCGCCCAGAACGCCCGAGGCGGCCUGGCCAGCCUGAACGACAACGUCCUGGUGGCCUUCCUCCUGCUUGUGCAGCUGGAAGUCCCCCAUUUCCUGGGUCCUCUCUCACUGAAGGAAAAAUAUGGAAAAGUCAUUGAUGGGGCUAUAUAUCUUCUCACCAAAGAGGUGGCCACAGAAGAACGGGCGAAGGAACAGAGGGGGUAUACUGUCCAGGAUGUCCGUCAUGUCAUUUCGGGGAUGAAUAGCCUCCUGAAUGACAUAAGGAGCGGAAACGAAAACUACUUCACCUGGAUGGAAUUAAUCACCAAUGAAUGUUGGAGGGAGGAAGACGGUUGCAGAGCGCUGAGCACGCGGAGUUGUACCAUGUCUGUGUUGAAUGGCCUACCAAAAAAGACCAUACCAGUAACAUGCAGCAGUUGCAUUAUGUACGCCGUAAACUAUGCACUACACUCGAAGCUUCUAUUUACGGACAUGCUACAAAUACAGAAUUGCAAUGAGGAAGGUAACCUCAAAUUGAUAAACCUAAGCAAGGAUGUCGGGAUGCUCAGAGAAUAUCGAAUAUACCUGAAUAGCCUGGAAACCAUUUCUGUCGCAAACAAUGUCCGAAGCGAAGUUAUCAUUUUGCACAUAGAAGAUGCCACCAAAUUGGUACACAUUUUAAGGACGUAUGGACACGAAAGAUUCACGCAUGUGAUGAGUGACGCCCUGAUGCAGGUGAUUAAAAAAAGCAUACAAACCUACAGGAGGCAUUUAUUACAUAAUAGCUCUUUUAGUCCAAAUGGAGAAAAUGAAAUAAAGUUGGACGUGGCAAAUUUGAUCUCCCUUACGAUAAAUGGGUAUUUGUACCUGGACCAAACAAGUGGGCAACUUCUUCGCGUCAGGGAUUUUGGUCUGUUUUUUACAGAAGAUUGUUUGGAGAAGUGCGUUUUGAUGCUAACGGGGAAGAACCUGUUUGUGCAGGUCGAGAUGGGGACCCCGGGGGGAGAGGCCCCUGAAAAUGGUCUCCUCUUCCCCAUUGGAAAUCUACUCACCCUGAUCGAAUUCGAGCUCGUCCUCAACUCUUAUUUGCACUUCGGCGAGAAUUACUUCUCCAAGGCAGUGAUGCUGAUGAAAAAGGUCUUUUACGUGGAGAACAAAAACGGUAAGGGGGUCUUCAGCUAUGGGGUUUUCAACUACGGGGCUGAUGGGAAGGACAAGGCAGACAGGGCAGACAUGGCGGACGAGGCGAACAGGGCAGAUAUGGCGGAUGGGGCGAACAGGGCAGAUAUGGCAAACAGAGGCGUGGUGGACAACUUGCUGGGAAUCGCGAAGGGCGGGAAGUUGCGCAGAGCCGCACAAGGAGGUCACUUGAGAGGUGCCGCACAAGGAGGUCUUUCGAGAGGCGGCCCCAAAGGAGGUUUCUCCAGACGUGUCGCAUGGAGGAACCACCUCAAUUCCGCACCCCCGAAUGAGUACACAAAACGAAUCGAAGAAUUUAAAAAGACACAACUGGAGCUUAUGAACGACCAAACCGUCUUCUUCAUCAUCCUGAUGAAAAGCCUCCCCGAAAAUAAAUACAAACUGAUGCAGAGUGCCAUUGCUGAACUGCUAACCAAGCCAGUCUACUCAAAUUCGCUAAAAGGAUUUUCCUAUAAUGAUGAAAAAAAAGUUAACAAGGAACUAAUCGAAGUCAUGGGGGAGUCCUAUAACGACCCAAUAAAUAACGUUAAAAGGAGGACGAAGCAUUUUGGAUCCAGAAUUAACAAAAGGGAAAUCCUAGCCAUCGAGCAAUUAAUCCAUGAGGGAUAUAAACUGAGCCAAAUAGCAUUUCACAAUUAUAGCUCCCUGCCAUUAAAUAGUAGAAAGAAUAUAUACUCAGCCGUUAAAAUGUUCUCCCUCUUUAAGCAUAGGGUUCAUUACCUCACCGGUUGGGAUGCGCAGAUUUUAUUUUCCAAGAGGAUAUACCCUGAAGAUAUGGUGGAGAAAAAUUACAACGUGCACACUUAUCCGCAAAGUGGGGGAAACUACUGGUUCAUUAUAUGCUGCACGGUCAUCCCUAUCUUGGUCAUCAUUUUAGCAUUCCUUUUGUACAAGUACUUGUUUCAUAAGAAGCUGAAGUUCUCCUUCCCCUUCAGACAUAAGAAGUACAAAAAAGGAAAUCAUGGCUCGUCGGGCGGCGCGCUCAAAUACUAUAGGCACCUCUCUGGGGGGGUCAACUUGUCCAGGGCGCGCCGACGGCACGCGGACAGGGCGGAACUCCAGCACUUGCUGCGCAGGAGGAACCACAGAGACGAGAUGAAGGCGAAGAUGAGAGGAAAAAAUGGCGCAAAAAAUGGGGAAAAAAAUAGGCAAAAGAAUGGUUCAAGUAGUAGUGCAAAAACGGACGGAAAGGUGGACAGGACCGGCAGGGAGAACAGGUUGACCGGCGCCACCCACGACAACGAGGCCUAUGGUCCGAACAAAUUGGCCAAAGCGCCGCACGCAGGAGCAAGGAAGAAGCGGGAAAGGAAGAGCAGUGAUUUCUUCAUGGAGACAAUCCAGCCCCACGAUGAUUUCGAAUAG